AGGCGGGCAGGUGUGGUCUCCCCUCUCUACUUCCCUGGCUCAGUUUGCAAUGUGAUUCCUUCAGAAGUUCCUCAGGGGGUGAACACCCCACCCACCUGCUGCCUGAAGUAUAAUGAGAAAGUGUUGCCAAGGAGACUGGUGAUUGCGUACAGAAGAGCCCUCAACUGUUACCUGCCAGCAAUCAUCUUCGUCACCAAAAAGAACCGAGAAGUCUGCAGCAACCCCAGCAAUGACUGGGUCCAAGAGUACAUCAAGGAUCCCAGCCUGCCUUUGCUGCCCUCCAGGAACUUGGCCAUGGUUAAAAUAAUUACAGCAAAGAAUGGCCAACCCAAGUGAUGAGCGGGCCUUAGUGGAAGCCCUUGUUUAUGGAAGAGAGGGGUAAACCUAUGAAAACAGGGGCAGCCUUAUUAGGCUGAAACUAGCCAGUCACACUGAGAGAAACAGAACAAUUAUCAAAAUAAAGAAGAAGUAUCUCGAAUAUUUUCUCAA